GCAAUGAAGUCCUAGACCUCGGAUACACGAGAACUGGCGUUUAUACUAUUUACCCCAAACCUGGUGUUAAAGGCUUUCAAGUUAGAUGUGACAUGGAUACAACGACCGGUGGAUGGACCGUCAUACAACGCAGAGUGUCGGCGAGUAAUUUCUUCAGAACUUGGGAUGAAUACAAAUCUGGAUUUGGGGAUUUAAACGAAAACUACUGGCUCGGAAACCAAGCAAUACACAUGAUUUCUUCUCAAGGUAAAUACAAGUUACGUGUGGACUUGACCAGUAACGAUAAUGAGAAGGCAUAUGCAGAAUAUGAGUCGUUUAUGCUCGGAGAUGCACAGUCCAAUUAUAGGCUAUCAUUUGAUAGUUACACUGGGAAUGCUGGAGACAGUUUAAAAAGGCACAAUAACAAAAUGUUUUCAACAAAAGAUAGGGAUAAUGAUGAAGACAGAAGUACAAACUGUGCUCAGAUCUACAUCGGCGCUUGGUGGUAUACAAAUUGUCAUGACGCUAAUCUGAAUGGGGAAUACGGCAAUACAGCAUACGGAAAAGGUCCUGUCUGGGAACAUUGGAAAGGUCUCUAUGCUCCUCUUAAGGCAACAGAAAUGAAAAUAAGGCUGAUGUAACUGUAUGCUAUUUACGAUUAAAAUGAACGAUUUU